CCUGCGGCCAUCGCCUGCACCUGCACGAUGUAAGCUGGGGGCCCCCCGCGUGGCCGCGACGUCGCUUUGACUUGAAUCCUAAGCCCCACCGACAGAGGAAGCUGCAUGUCGCGACAGGAGGCCUGCCAUUGCAGUACUUGAUUUGUGAACAGAGAGAAGUGUGUUUGGAGCUAUCAUCAUGUGCUCUCCUGAGAGCCCCAAAAUCCUUUACAGGAAUCCCAGGCUCCUCCGCUUAGCUUUUCUGCAGCUCCAUCACCAGCAGCAGAGUGGUGUAUUCUGUGAUGUUCUUUUGCAGGCAGAAGGUGAGGCAGUCCCAGCUCACUGCUGCAUCCUCUCAGCCUGCAGCCCCUUCUUCACUGAGCGCCUCCAACGGGAACGGCCGGCCCAGGGCCAAAAGGUGGUGUUAGAGCUGGGGGGCCUGAAGAUUGGGACUCUUCGAAAGCUAGUGGAUUUCCUCUACACUUCGGAGAUGGAAGUCUCCAGGGAAGAAGCCCAGGAUGUACUGUUAGCUGCCCGCCAGCUUCGAGUCUCAGAGCUGGAGUCACUGCAGCUAGAAGGUGGAAAGCUGGUUCGGGCAGCACAGGGCAGACGAUUAAAUCGGGAAUGCUUACAGCCCCCAAUCUCUGCCCGGGUGGUUGGACUCAGCCGCCCCCGAACUCCCCUGCCCCCUCCCCAGGCCGCCUGUUCCCCUGGGGCUGGGAAGCUGCAGCUCUCGGGAGAAGAGGAGGAUCCCCAGGAGGAAAGCAGAGGAGGAAACACAGAGAGCUUAUCAGAGAUGUCGAGCUCCUUUCCAGUCAAGGGGAAAACCAGGGUCUGCCCUCCCACACGAGCAGAAAGCUCUUCACCUAGGAACCAGGGUCAAGGGCCCAAGGAGAACAGGAGGGUGCCAGGCCCUGCAGCUGCUGAGCUUUUCCCACCCAGCCCCACUGUGGAGGAACCUCUGUUGCCCAGGAAGAUUAGGCUAAGCCGCUCAAAACUCUCCCCUGAUGUUUGUCCAGCUAAGUCCCUCAGUGCUGUAACAGGGCCCGGUUCGGCACCCACCCCACCCAGUCGCCGUCUCUGGAGGCAGAAGACUUUGAGCAAGGAGGUCACAGAAGAGGAGCAGGGACCAGGAAAAGCCAGCCUUCUGGAGGGGACCUCCAGUCCUUCCCUUCCACCCAAGAUGGGUGGGAAUAAGAAGCGGAGCCCUGAGGCUAGGGCACCUAGCUCAGACUCUGCAGAGGAAGGACAGGUUGGAAGGGUCAAGCUUCGGAAGAUUGUUAAUGGGAGCUGCUGGGAGGUGGUCCAGGAAUCUCCUUCCAGGGAUUCUGAAGACAGCCAACAGACCCCAGGGCCAGGGGGAGAAUCUGGAGAGGAGACUCGGGCGCCUGGGAUGGUCCUCAUGGAAGAAGAGGAGAAACCAUCUGUUGAAAUCAGUUUGUGCCCGUUGGAUCCCCCACCUUGUUCCAGGCUCCAGGAGACGCUGAUGCCUGCCAGUCAGUUUCCAGACCAGGCAGUGGUGAAGUCAGAAUUUCCAGACAUCCCCGAUAUGGUGGGGAAAGAAGCUCUGUUGGGUGGAGACUGCAGGGAGCCCUAUGAGUUUGUUCCCGCUUUGUUGGGUCAGCCUUGUGAGGCAGAGGAAUACCGAAUCACCAGCGCUGCCGCGACCAGUGAGCUAGAGGAAAUCUUGGACUUCAUGCUCUGUGAUUCAGACAUUGGCCCUUCAGUAGAUUCCCUGGAGAGUCCCAGGGCUGGAAACUCAAGGACCCCCACCUAUUCCCUGAGUGAGCCUGAAAAGAACUGGGUAGAAGGAGAAGAGUGGUGUUUACCAGAUGUGGAGCUGUGGCCAAGAGAAUUUGCUGAAUUAGAGGAGGAUUCGGUUAAAGUCAGAGAGGAUAAGGGAUCCGUGGAGCCUUUUAGCCCCCUUGUAGCCUCUAAUGUGAGUGAAGGGGAAGAACUAGCAGUGCCCACCACGUGGACUUCAGAGCCUGGAUCUACCAGCCCCCAACCAGAUGGGCAGGGAGAGAAAUUGCUCUGCACAGGGUCCCCUGUCCAUUUUCAUGCGCCUUAUGGAGACUUGUCACCUCCUUGCUCCAGCUGGGUGGACACUAGUUUUGGGAACCCCUCCGUCACUGAUGAUACACUCUACCCCGAAGGAGACCCAGUAGUGGCAUGUCCAGAGAUCAAGGAGGAGGAGCUUGAUAACUCAGAGAAGCUGAGAUUGUCCCCUGGUAGCCUAGAGGAAGAAGGGGAGAUUGAUGUAGUGGACUGGACAGCACAGGUUGGGCAGGUGCCUUUCCAUGGCCUCUCUGUGUGGCCUGACCCCUCCUCGGAAUCAGAAACGGAGGUGGACGUCUUGACGUAGUUGGGCUAUCUCAGCUGGGUGGAAAUUUCUCGCUGAGGCUAGCAAGAGCUCCAAUGGCAGUAGAGGUAGCAUGAAACUGAGCAUGUGAAUGAGGCAGGGACACUCCACUCCACCAGGGGCUCCUCUUUAAAGGGACCCACUCAUUGCCCACCUACCUUUUGCUCUGGGAAUCAGGUACAGGACGAGGAAUACGCUAGCCUGGGUAGGAAGUGAGUGCUGGCUCAUAGCCAUUUACUAAGAUGCAUUUCCAUCCGUAUUGAAGGGGGGAGGGGGGAAAGUAUUCUAAGUUACUUGGUGACAGCCCAUUUUGCCUUACUUUGGGAUAAAGAGGGGAACCCACAGCAUGUACUAUGCUCAUCAUUUUUCACAGAGCUAGAGUACAGGCCUCCUACCAGUGGCCUUCAUCAUGAAACAUGAGCUCGGUAGGGAUCCCUUAGUAACAGCUAAUCCAGAAAAGUGAGCUGGAGGGGUGGGCGGGCAGCUUAACCCAGAUUCUACAAGUUGGGAGGCAUAGGAAACAUCUUUCAGAGCAAAAAAGCCUACAGUCAGUCUGGCAGAGCAGAAGGAGGGGGGGGAGGGGGAUGGAACUAUGGAAAUGGCCCUAACCAGGAUCUUUCUAGUCCUUCUUCAUUGACAUUCUCAGGUCUUCACCCUCUGGUUGUCCAGAUCGCUCCCUGCAAACCCAGCGGGAGGCCAUUUCUUCACUUCCAGGAAGUGUGUUUAGGGGAG